AUGCUAGACACAGCUAGCAAUGGGAACUUCCUCAACCAGGAUGUAGAUGAUGGCUGGCAACUUGUGGAGAACAUAGCUAACUCAAAUGGAAGCUAUGGAGAAGAGUAUGAUCGCACCAAUCGGAGCUCGACCCACCACUCGAUCGAGUCAGACGAAAAGUUGAGAAAAGAUGUUAAGGCAUUGAAUGAGAAGUUGGAUAAGCUGAUCCUAGCUCAGUCCACAAUGAAGAAAGUCAACUUUGUGUCUGCUGAGGAGAUGGAACCAGUCCAAGAAGGGGAGGAUACACAAUUUGCUGAGGUGUGCUACAUGAGCAAUGGGCAAGGAGGUUACAACAAAGGAUACUAUAAUUACAAGUCCAACCCUGCCAUGUCAUACCGCAACACUGAUGUUGCUAACCCUCAGGACCAAGUAUAUCCUCAACAACAAGCAGCUCGAUCGAGUCAGGUGCCACAACAUGGGUAUGGUCAAAAGAACAAUUACCAAGGACCACAAGGCACUUUCCCUGGACAACAAAUGAAUAUCCCACCAGGCUUCCCCCACCAACCGCCCCAGCCUGCACCUUCACAAGAGAAUGAGCUCAAGGCAAUGCUAAAGCAACUACUUCAAGGGCAAGCUGAUGGGGUAGUGGACACAAGCAAGAAGCUAGCUGAAAUAAACUCUAAGAUCGAGAACCUCAACACAAGGGUUUACUCUCUGGAGAAUCAUGCUUCUUCUGUUGCUGCUGCUACAAAGCAAGGACAACUACCUGGUAAAGCUAUUCAGAACCCCAAGGAACAGUGCAAGGUCAUCUUCACUCAAGAAGGACUUGUUGAAGAAGAGGAUCAAGAAAGGGUCAUUGAAGAUUUUUGUUUACUGCUGAAUGAUGAAGAGAUUGUUGCUGCUGAGGCUCCUGGAGUCCAGAUUGAUCAACCAGAAGUGCAUGCACCUACUGUGGCCAUUCACACUUCACCAGUUGAGCUCGCACAACAAGCUCGAUCGGCAGCUCGAUCGAGUCCAACUCUAGCUCGAUCGAGUCCGACCUCUUCUGUCCGACAGCCUGUUUUGCUUGAUCCUUACCAACCGGUUGCCGCUUCCUCGUCUCGCCUACUUAGUCAAGGUCACAAGGAAGUGAUUCACAAGUUCAGAAGAGAUCUCAGUGGGAUUGGAAUUGAGUUGCCUCCUAUGGAUAGCAUGAGUGAGGCAUUUGAUCAAAUGCAAAUGGUCAAGGAUGUUCUAGCCAACAGUGAUAAAGUUUCAGAGGUCCUACAAGAGUCUACUCAUCAGUUCAACCUGCUUACUUCACCCACCUUCCUACCAAAGGUCAAGGAUCAAGGGAAAUUCACUCUCCCUUGCACACUUGGGCAUCUUGAGAUUGACAAUGCCUUAGUGGAUUCUGGAGCAAGCAUCAAUCUGAUCUCUCUCUCCAUGGCAGAGAAGCUAGGCAUUGCUGGAGCCUUGCAGCGCCCUACUACUUCAAUCAUGUUUGGAGAUGCAACUUCUAAGUCUCCUCUUGGAGUGUUCAAGAACUAUCACUUGAAAAUUGGAGAAUGCAUCAUCCAAACUGAUCUCACUGUGAUGGAAAUGGAAGAAGAGAAGGAUUUACCUCUGUUAUUGGGAACCCCUUUCCUUAGUACAGUUGGCGCUUCAAUAGACUUUCACAAGCAAGAAGUGAUCCUUCACAAGGUGAAUAGUUUGGUGUCAUAUCGCUUGCAGCCUAGAGGUUCAGACUUUUGUGCCACAAUUGACAGUACCACUCUCAGUUCUAAGAGUCAUGGAGCUACAAAGGUUGUGAAGGAAAGGGUUGACAAAGAACCAAGAGUUGGGAAGGAUAAGGAUGAGAGAGGACCAAGGAUUGAGAAGCCACGUCUUGAGAGGGCUAGAGUUGAGAAACCACGUUCUGAUAGACCACGAGCUGAUGACUUGUUCAAGCCCCUUGUGUGCUUGAUGAAGAGAGCCUUCAAGCUUUGUUUGAUGAGCCACUAG